AGGUGGAUCCACUCAUAAUUAUUGAAGUCUACCAUUUUGUCGUUUUCCCAAGAUUAUUCGUUUGACAGAAAAGCACCAAUAAUGUUCUAACCCCAAUAGCUCGCCCCGCUCGUACAUAACAAUUACUGCGUGCCCGUGUGUCAAAUCAUUCGAAAAAUACUUCAUUCAACAGUCGGUGAUCACAAUUAACCCCCUCAGCAAGCUGGCUUUUGCAGAGGCGCCUAGACCCCCACAUCAAUUUCCUUCAUGUGUUUCUGAGUUUAAUAAUCAAGUGUGAUCAUAGUUUUUUAUAAAACAACAUUAAAACAUGGCCGGUGGUACGAUACUGCAGAAAGCCAUUGAUUUGGUCACCAAAGCCACAGAAGAGGACAAGAAGAAAAAUUAUGAAGAGGCAUUGAAGUACUACGAGCACGCAGUCGAGUACUUCCUUCAUUCCAUCAAGUACGAAGCCCAGGGGGAGCGUGCGAAAGACAGUAUACGACAGAAAUGUCAGCAAUACCUCGACAGGGCAGAAAAGUUGAAAGCCUACCUGAAGAAAGGAAAGAAGAAGCCCGUGGCAACGGGUGAAGAAGGCGCCAAAGACGACAAGAAGAGCGACAGCGGUGACAGUGACUCCGAGAUCGAUCCAGAGAAGAAGAAGCUCCAGCACAUGUUGGAGGGAGCAAUAGUAGUGGAGAAGCCCAAUGUCAAGUGGAGUGAUGUUGCAGGUUUGGAGUCAGCGAAAGACGCCCUGAAGGAGGCUGUCAUCCUCCCCAUUCAGUUUCCCCAUUUAUUCAAAGGCAAGAGGAUGCCAUGGAGGGGAAUUUUGCUCUUCGGUCUUCCUGGGACUGGCAAAUCAUACCUUGCUAAGGCUGUUGCCACAGAAGCUGGUAAUUCCACUUUCUUAUCGGUCUCUUCCUCGGAUUUAGUCAGCAAAUGGCAGGGAGAAUCUGCUAAACUCAUCAAGAAUCUGUUUGAUCUUGCGAGACAGAGGAAACCCAGCAUCAUCUUCAUCGAUGAGAUUGACUCCUUGUGCUCAUCCAGAAGUGACAACGAGUCAGACUCUGAAAGACGGAUCAAGACCCAGUUUCUAGUGCAGAUGCAAGGGGUUGGGAGUGAUAAUGAUGGAAUUCUGGUCCUGGGGGCCACCAACACCCCCUGGGUUCUCGAUGCUGCCAUCAGAAGACGAUUCGAGAAACGUAUUCACAUUCCUCUGCCCGAUGAGAUUGCACGAGCUGCCAUGUUUAAACUUCAUCUGAGGCAGAAUGCCCACACCUUGACGGAGGAGGACUUCAAGCAGUUGGCUGCUGAUUCUGAUGGAUACUCUGGGGACGACAUUCGAGUUAUCGUUCGUGAGGCUCUAAUGGAGCCCAUCAGGCUUGUGCAGAGUGCCACUCAUUUCAAAAGAGUCAGUGGACCAUCGCCUAAAGAUCCUUCGGUUAUUGUGGAUAAUCUGUUGACACCAUGCUCCCCUGGGGAUCCAGGGGCCAUUGAGAUGAGCUGGACUGAUGUCAAGAGCGAUGAACUUUUUGAAGCGCCAGUUACGAUGAAACACUUGUUGAAAGCUCUCGCAACAACCCGUCCAACUGUCAACCAGGAAGACAUAACGCAAUUAGAAAAAUUCAGGGAGGAUUUUGGCCAGGAAGGUUGAAAGCCUCGGCGAUAUAUUUUUUAUAUGCCACCCAGUUAUCUCGCCUUACCAAGAUUUUUAUUUUUUAUCUCAAAUGAAAACUUGAAGAAAACCCUUGAAUCAAUAAAUGCCUCAAUUGUUUUUGCCCUUUUUUCGCCCUCCUGUUCACCUAAUGAUUUAAUCAAGUUGAAUGAAAAUUUUAGGCAGUCCUAACACAGAAGAUGAAACUAACAGGUCAUAAUACUACUUGUAAAUGUGAUAAUCUUGAAUCUAGAAAAGCUGAUUUCAAUUUCGUGCAUAUUUAUUUUGCCCCGAGAGCAAAACAAGUUCCACGAGUGGAAAAACAAAUCUAUUAUACAUGUAUAACAAUUCUACUUUAUAAUUAAUUAAACGAAAAAUAAAAUUGCAUUAUAUAUGUAUAUUUAUCUGUGACACACUAGAAUAAAUUCACCACUAUUCUCCAAUGUAAAUUUUUAUGAUAUCCCGAAUAAAAGUGGCAUGUCAAUACAUCACAUGUUCAAUGAAGCUUACAGUAAUAAAUAUGUACAGAAAUCAAACAUG